AUGCGCAUGGACAUUCAGGGAGGUGAUGGCGUGUGUGGAAUCAACGUGCUGCCUGGCAUCUACCCCAUUGUCAAGAUGGACGUGUGUGGGUCUGACUUGAAGAACCCCUGCUAUGUGGGCACAUGCAUCAACAACGGCAAGGGCUCCUACUCCUGCAUCUGCCCUCCCAACUACGUUGAAAGCAUGACCAUUGACAACUUCCCCACCUGCGACCCAGGUGCUGCUGCUUUGGCCUUCCAACACCACGGCCAGCACUCUGGCAGUGAGUGGCAGCAACUGGUGGUGCUCCGAU